AUGGCAGGGGCGGAAGACUCGAAUAAGGAACACCCGCUUAGGGGCGCGGUCAUUUGUUUCACGUCGGUUUCCUUGGAGCAAAGGACACACCUCAUCAACAUUGCGAAGGAGAUGGGCGCAAUUGAACGUCCAGACUUGACUUCAGAUGUAACCCACCUUCUCGUCGGAGCCACUGAUUCCCCCAAAUACAAGUUUGUCGCACGAGAGCGAAAUGACGUGGUUGUGGUGAAACCGGAGUGGAUUGAAGCCGUUCGACAAUCUUGGAUGCUGGGAGGAGACACGGACAUCCAGCAGCUGGAGGAACAGUAUAAGCUGCCAACUUUCUUUGCUCUCACCAUAUGCAUCACCGGGUUUUCAGAAAUGGCUUUCAGGAUGAAGAUGCAGGAGACGGCAAUAGAGAAUGGAGCUGAAUUCCGAAAAGACCUGACAAAAAGCGUGACGCAUCUUAUUGCGCGGAAUACGGAAGGCGAAAAGUAUAAAUUUGCGACGCAAUGGAACAUCAAGGUGGUAACAGUCAAGUGGUUUCAUGAGUGCCUCGAGCGUGGAAUGAUCCUGGAAGAAGAAAAAUACCAUCCAAUGCUACAGCUAGAAGAGCAAGGCGUGGGCGCAUGGAAUCGAUCGUUGUCGACUACAAAAGUCCAACUUGGGAAAGCAAGGGCUGGAGAAAACGACGGCUCCUCAGAUUUGCGACCAAGGAAGAAGCUACGUCGGACUGCGAGUACAAAACUAGUGGGCCAGAAUGAAAACAUAUGGGGUGAUAUUAUCGGUGCAGGAUUCGGUGCUAGUGAGAUGCCAGAACCCGGGAACGACCCAUUCGACGACUCGGAAUCCUUCGAGAAGCCCAGACCGGCUAUCCAAGCUGCCAAAUCUUUUGCCAGCGAGUCCACAUUUACUGAAACAUUGGAACCCCGCCGGCAGCCAGAGAUAUCGGCCAAAUCUCUUGAAGGCUUUCUCAGUGGGUGUUUUUUCUUUAUCAGCGGAUUUUCUUCCAAACAAAAAAGCAUUCUUCGACAUCAUCUUGAGUACAAUGGUGCUCAGUUUGUCGAGUCGUUGAAUGAGUUUUCUCGCCCUAGUAUCCCCAAAACAGGCCAGGGUUUGUAUGUCAUAGUUCCAUACAGAACCCCUAGAUCGGAAAUUCCAUCUACAGAUGACAUGGCAUUUGAGUGUGAGGUGGUUACAGACAUGUGGCUGGAACGAUGUCUCGAUGCCAGAGCCUUAGUUCCACCAGAAUCCCAUGUUGCGAGCACGCCGUUCCCCAAAUUUCCUCUUCCAGGAUUUUCGGGAAUGCGGAUAUGCUCUACUGGGUUUGCACGCAUUAAUCUUUUGCAUCUUUCUAAACUAGUGGAUUUAAUGGGUGCGACGUAUGACGAAUAUCUCACACCCAAAGCUUCUGUUCUAAUAUGCAAUGAUCCACAAACAGCCAGCCAUGAGAAAUUACGGCACACUGCCAAAUGGGGAGUUCCCUCGGUGUCAGCUGAUUGGUUUUGGAUAUCCAUUCAAACUGGCCAAAAGAAACCAUUUGAGCCAUAUGCAGUACGGAGGCCAGUAUCUCAAAGCAGUGGCAAUCGGGAAAACCUUCCUACAGUGUCUGUGAACAGAAAACAAGUAUCUGUGCCUACAGGGGUCCCAUCCAAAGAUCAAAGCAUCCCUAAUGAUCCACUAAGCAACGACAAGCCUCAGAAGCCAUCAUCGGGAAAGAGUGAAAUUUCGCGAAUGAUGCCUGUUAUAGGUGAUGGGUUUGAUAACGAAGAGUCCCCGGACAGACCCAAAGCAAGUGUACCUGAGUCAAGAUCUGCAUCACCUCCCAAUGGGAAACAUGACCAACAAAGUGCAUGGGGACCUUCGAAUCAGCCAGAACGAGAGAAAUCGCCCGCGCCAGCUGUUCCGUCUGCUCUGGACACUGCAUUGAAAGGUCUUCUGCAGCAGGCUCAAGCGGCCAAGUCACGACAACAGACCGAAGGAACAUCAACGAGUGAUGAAAGCUACCCCCUUCGCCGUAAACGCAAGCCACUACUCGGCCGCGCACCAUCACACCCAUCUGUUCGAACAGAAGAGACUACCAAUGCCCCAUCUCGUGCUAGCUCUAUCGACACUCUCAAUGAUGAUGGCCUCGGUACAGCGCUCGAGAGCGCGGAUCGUACACGAGACAACUCCCUCUCCCGCACAAAUAGCCGCAACGAACAAACCUUGUCGUCCCUGUUCAGUGGCGCGAAAUUUGACUUUCUCUCCGGUCAGUUCUCUGGCCAGGCCGAGAACGAGGACGAGGAGAACCAGGAGCCACCAAUGACACAGCUGGACUACGAAGACCCUGAUGCUGCUGCUAUGCGAACGGAGUUUCUGCGAAAUGCUGGCAAGCUGACUGACAAGCACCAGAAGGCCGAUUCUGGUCUCCUUGUUGGCGAAGUCAAGGAAUUAGAGGAUAUCGGAUGGGGCUCUCGACGAAGAACGAGAAAACAUGCUCCUAAGAACGAAGAAUGA